AUGAAUGAAGUCUCUACAAAAUCGGUAAUCGAGGACAACCACUUAUCUACUUCUACUACUGAGCAAAGAGCAGGCACAACUGCACGAAUGCUACGACCUGCUUCCAAAAAUUUAUCCUUUUUCUUUUUGCCAAAUAACACGGCUUUCUUGAUAAUGGGACUGGUGUUCCUUUUCAAUAUAACCCUCAUUUUACUCAUAUGCUUCGCCCUUAGGAUAAGGGUAUUACGACAAAGAAGAAAAAGACGUGAACAGCCGAAAACGAAAGGAAAGACACGAAGUUACAGCGAAUCAAUGAAGUCAUUCUUUGCUCCUUUUGUGGGAAAAGUACCGCACAGCGCACCUCGUACACUGAGACUGCAGGAGACUGUAAUGUCGGAAGAUAAUACGAGUGUAGAGAACGAAAUCGCAACCCCGUCCUCAACACCCGUGGUAGAGUACUCCAAAGUGAUGCAGCAGGAGGUCAAAGCGUCAAGCGAAGUGCGAACAGCAGAAAACAUAGUGUAG